GCAAGAAUAUUUUUUACAUAUUUCUGACCUAAGUAAAGGACGUUUAAACCGAGUCGAUUUCCUGACACAAAUCGUUGUUUUUGCUGUAAAUAAUUAGAUACAAUCGAUAAAAUAAAUACACUCAGGUAAUAAUUUUACAACAUUUUGAUUAGAAAAUAUAUAAUUGCAUGCCAAGGUAUCAUUUGAAAGAAAUAAUUGAUGAGAAUCUUCUAAUAUCGCCUUCUGUUAGGUUCAAGCAUGCCUCCAAGGAUCGAUCACUUAGCAAGUAGAUAUAAUAAUGACUUUGCCAAAUUAGUAAAAGGAAUAUGGCCGUGGAAUAAAGGUGUUAGAUCUAGAUUUCCAGAUCACUAUAAAAGGCGUUAUUUGGAAUCUUUCGUAAGACAGCCAGAGCCAAUUAAUUGGAUACCUAAAACAGACAAAUAUAAAGUAGAUGAAUGGGGACAUUCAACCAGAAUAAUUAAUUACCCAAUACCGUUAACUUUCCCUUUAGAGGCACAUAAGGGUAUUUGGGGAGGAGAAGGUAUAAUUGACGGUCUUAAAUCAAAGAAUAACCGUCCCGAUAAACCUCGCGCACCUUUUAUAUCAUUACCGAAAUUGGAAAGACACGUUCUCUAUAGUGAAAUUUUGGAUAAGUAUAUGGCAAUUACAGUUACUCGUAGGACAUUGCUAAAAAUUGAUGAAGCGUACGGUUUCGAUCAUUAUAUUUUGAAAACCCCGGAAAGUGAUCUUGUAUCAAACCUUGCUAUGAAAUUAAAGCAGAUGUUAUUGCAUAAAAUUGCUAAGAAGGAAUUGUCACCUACGCUAUAUGAGAAAUAUAAACAGUACGAAGUGCCUAUUGAGGAGGCUGAAUGGGUUGGUCUAACAAUUGAGGAAGCCGAAGAAAAGCAAAUUAAAUUGGAGGAAGAUCGAACAAAAAAGCUAACAAGACCUAUGAAAGAAUAUUUCCUACAAGAAUUAAUAAAGAAGCUAAAAAGCGGUGAUAUUGAAGAUAUUGUUACAGAAGAGAAAAGUUGGACUCAAAAACUUAAUCCCUUUGCAUAA